GCUUGGAAACCAGAACAGCUGGAAAUUGCGCAAGAGUGGAGCUGGAGUGGAGUGGAGACGUCAUUUCACUCAACAAGUGGGUGAUUUUAAUUUAAUUAUUGAAGUGAAAACCAUGUGGAAGUCAGCUGCGAUCAUUGGAAUCAACCUUUCCUACGGUCUGGUUUAAUGAUCUCCAUGCCAAUUGAAAAUUGCGUGUGGUAGGACACCUUGUCACAGGGUAUGCCUUGUUGAAGUACACCCGCCUUUGAGCAAGCUGCUUGAAAUGUUCUGUUUGGCGUUAAAACUGGCAGGAAAUGGACAGUCUGUGCCUUUUCUCUCAUUUGUGAAAGCUUCCAGCCUUUGAGGUCAGCAGCUAUUUCUCUUCCCUGCAGAGACAUCUUCCCUUUGCUGUGAAACCUGUGCCACAGUUGUUAUGCCUCAAGGUAUCAGCUCAGCGAAGCAAUCGUCAGCUGGCCAACCCCUACCUGGUAAGGGUGGCCUGUAUCCCAUCAUCAACCGCAACAAAGAUGUUGACAAAGCCAAGAGCGAUGUCUUCCAGAACCUGAAAAGGGAAUGCCUGAGGAAAGGUGUCCUGUUUGAAGAUCUGGAAUUCCCCGCUGAUGACUCCUCUUUAUUUUACAAACAGCUUUUGCCCUUCAAGCUGGAGUGGAAAAGACCUGUGGAAAUCUGUGAGAAUCCAAAGUUCAUCAUUGGUGGAGCCUCAAGAACUGAUAUCUGUCAAGGAGAUUUGGGUGACUGCUGGUUCCUGGCUGCCAUCGCUUGUCUAACCCUAAAUGAGAAGCUUCUCUACCGGGUCAUCCCCAAGGAUCAAUACUUUACUGAGAACUAUGCUGGGAUCUUCCAUUUCCAGUUCUGGCGUUUUGGUGACUGGGUGGAUGUUGUCAUUGAUGAUCGAAUCCCCACGUUCAACAACCAGCUGGUGUUCACCAAGUCGGCCGAGCGGAACGAGUUCUGGAGUGCCCUGCUGGAGAAGGCCUACGCCAAGUUGCAUGGAUCCUACGAAGCCUUGAAAGGAGGCAGCACCACAGAAGCCAUGGAGGAUUUCACUGGUGGAGUCACUGAAUUCUUUGAGGUGAAAGGUGCCCCCAAGGACAUGUACAAGAUAAUGAAAAAGGCUGCAGAGAGAGGCUCUCUCAUGGCGUGCUCCAUUGAUUCAUACGUACCCCUGCAGUUUGAGACACGGACAACCAGCGGCCUGGUCAAAGGUCAUGCCUACUCUGUGACCAGUGUGGAUGAGGUCACUUAUCGAAACCAGAAGAUAAAGUUGUUACGUUUGAGGAAUCCAUGGGGUUCGGUUGAGUGGAACGGGGCCUGGAGCGAUAAGGCUCGGGAGUGGUCUGAGAUUGAGAAAUCACAAAAACAGCGGCUGCAUCUUCUAAUGAAAGACGACGGAGAGUUCUGGAUGUCCUUUGAUGAUUUCAAGAGGAACUUCACAAAGCUGGAGAUUUGUAACCUGACGCCGGACGCACUGGACGAUGACAAGCUCCAUAAGUGGACGGUCUCCAUCAAUGAAGGGCGGUGGGUAAGGGGCUGUUCCGCUGGAGGCUGCCGGAACUAUCCAGACACGUUCUGGACAAAUCCGCAGUACCGGCUGAAACUAUUUGAGGAGGACGAUGAUCUGGAUGACAAUGAAGUCCUCUGCACGUUUGUGGUUGCUCUGAUGCAAAAGAACCGCCGUAAGGAGCGCAAGAUAGGCGUCAGCUUUCACACCAUUGGAUUUGCAAUUUACGAGGUGCCAAAGGAGAUGUACAGCAAUAAGCAACAUCUUCCCAAAGAUUUCUUCCUCUACCAGGCCUCCAGAAGCAGGUCAAAGUCAUACAUUAACCUGCGGGAGGUAUCACAGCGCUUCAGGCUACCCCCGGGUGAAUAUGUGAUCAUCCCUUCCACGUACGAACCGCACCAGGAGGGCGAGUUUGUCCUCAGGGUCUUCUCAGAGAAACAGAACCUGUCAGAGGAAACUGAGAACCAGAUCAUAGCCAACAACCCUAAGCCAAUCAUCUUUGUUUCUGAUAGAGCUAAGGGCACUGGAGACUUGCAGAGGGAAGAGAGGGAGAAAAGAAUGGAAAUCAAGAAAAAGAUCAAGCCCUCACCAACAACAGCUGGGGAGGAGAAUGAGGAAGAUCUACAUUUCAGCCGUAUUUUCAAACAGCUUGCUGGAGAAGACAUGCAGAUCUCUGCAGCUGAACUGGUGAGCAUCCUCAACCGCAUUGUUAAAAAACACAAUAUUAAAACUGAAGGGUUUGCUCGGGAGUCUUGUCGCAGUAUGGUUGCCCUCAUGGAUACAGAUGGAUCUGGGAAGCUUAACCUGGUGGAGUUCAAGCGUCUAUGGAACAAGAUUAAGCAAUGGCAGACAAUUUUUCAGGAAUAUGACAAGGACAAUUCUGGAGUGAUUGAUAGCUAUGAAAUGCGCAGUGCUGUGAAUGAUGCAGGCUUCCGUCUGAACGGCCAGUUGUACGAUCUCAUCUCCAUGCGCUACGCUGAUGUGAACAUGAACCUGGAUUUCGACAGCUUCAUCUGCUGCUUCGUGAGGCUGGAGGGGAUGUUCAGAGCCUUCAAGGCAUUCGACAAAGAUGGGGAUGGAAUUAUUAAACUGAAUGUCCUGGAGUGGCUGCAGCUUACCAUAUAUGCCUAAAGGUCACAGGAUUCGAGGGUCUGUCAAAUACCUCAAACUCAACAUGCGAACCUCAACAGCACCAUACAGCAAGCCAAACUCCUCGAUUCAGUGGCAUUUGGAAUAAUCAGGAGAAGGACUUCGCGGCAUGAAACUGUCA